AUGCCGUACACAUCGCUCUACCCAGACCUGGACAUCCCCCAAACCAACAUCCUCUCCUAUUUGUUCCCUGAGAACGAGAAGCCGCAGGAAGAACCUCUGUGGUAUGACACGCGGGACCCCGUCGACAAGAACCUGUCGCCAGCCCAGGCUCUAACAUGGGUCAAGAAGCUGGCCUUUGGCCUCGAGCGAUUCGGCCUCAAGCGCGGCGAUGUUGUCAUGAUCUUCACGCCCAACCAGAUCUUCGUGCCCGUCGCCUACCUGGGCAUUGUCGGCGCCGGCUACAUCUUCAGCGGCACCAACCCCGGCUACACUGUACCUGAGGUUGUUCACCAGAUGACCAACACCCAGGCCAAGGUCGUGCUCGUCCACCCGAGCCUCGUUGAUGCCGCUCUUCAGAGCGCCAGCAAGGCCGGCAUUCCCAAGUCCAACAUCUUUUUGUUCUCAGACCUCGAGAACAAAACGCCGGUGCAAGGCGUGGUCGACUGGCGCCAGGGACUUGCGGGCUCCGAUGCCGAUGCCGCACGCUACAACUGGCCCGAGCUGGCACCAUCCGAGUCCAAGACGACCGUGGCCACCAUCAACUACAGCUCCGGCACGACCGGUCUGCCCAAGGGCGUCAUGGUCUCGCACGCCAACCUAAUCGCCAACGUCGACCAGACCAUCUUCAUCCGGUACGCGCACAAGCCGUACGCCUUCAAGGACCGCCCACAGGAGCGCUGGAUCGGCUUCCUGCCACUGUACCACGCGUACGGCCAGCUGUACACGAUCCUGAUGGCCAUCAAGCUGCGUGUGCCCAUCUACAUCAUGACCGAGUUCCGGUAUGAGGAGUUUCUGUUCAACGUUGGCAAGUUUCAGAUUACCAGUCUGCAGAUCGCGCCACCCAUUCUCGUCAUGCUCUCGAAGCGGCCCGAGACGCAGCGCUACGACCUGCGAUCGGUGCGCGACGUGCUCUGCGGCGCCGCGCCGCUCAGCCGCGAGCUGCAGAACGAGUGCCAGCGCCGCUUCAACAUGCAGAUCAACCAGGGCUGGGGCAUGACGGAGGUGACGUGCGGCGCGAUCCAUGUGCCCGGCGGCGUCAAGGACAACUCGGGCAGCGUGGGCCGGCUGGACCCCAACUGCGAGUGCCGCUUGGUCGACGAAGACGGCAAGGAGGUGAAGCUGGGCGAGCCGGGCGAGCUGCACGUGCGCGGUCCCAACAUCUGCCUGGGCUACUGGCGCAACGAGGAGGCGACCAAGGAGUGCCUGGCGCCCGACGGCUGGCUGAAGACGGGCGACAUUGCCGUGUGCAACAAGGAAGGCUACUUUUGGAUUGUGGACCGGAAGAAGGAGCUGAUCAAGGUCAAUGCGCUGCAAGUGGCGCCGGCGGAGCUUGAGGGCGUGCUGCUCGAGAACGACCACGUGGCGGAUGCGGCGGUGACCGGCAUCACGCUCAACGGCGAGGAGUUCCCGCGGGCAUACGUGACGAUCCAUGAGACAUCCAAGGGCAAGGUGACGCCCGGGGACAUCCAGGCGUGGAUGGCAUCGCGGGUAGCCAAGCACAAGCGGCUGACAGGCGGCGUGGUCUACGUGGACGAGGUGCCGAAGCUGGCGUCGGGCAAGAUCCAGCGCAAGACGAUGCGCGACUGGGCCAAGCGGGACGCGGCCGAGAUUAUGCGGAAGCGCACCGCGGGCAACAAGUCGAAGCUGUAG